UCGGGCGCGCGGUCGCUCGCCCAGUCGCGCGGAGGGGCCGGGCCGGGCGCGGCGGCGGCGGCGGGAUGAACAGCAUCAAGAGCGUGCCGGCGCGGGUGCUGAGCCGCAGGCCGGGCCACAGCCUGGAGGCCGAGCGCGAGCAGUUCGACAAGACCCAGGCCAUCAGCAUCAGCAAGGCCAUCAACAGCCAGGAGGCCCCGGUGAAGGAAAAGCAUGCCCGCCGCAUCAUCCUGGGCACGCACCAUGAGAAGGGGGCCUUCACCUUCUGGUCCUAUGCCAUCGGCCUGCCACUGCCCAGCAGCUCCAUCCUCAGCUGGAAGUUCUGCCACGUGCUGCACAAGGUCCUGCGGGACGGCCACGCCAACGUGCUGCACGACUGCCAGCGCUACCGCAGCAACAUCCGGGAGAUCGGGGACCUGUGGGGCCACUUGCAUGACCGCUACGGGCAGCUAGUGAACGUCUACACCAAACUCCUGCUGACCAAAAUCUCCUUCCACCUCAAGCACCCCCAGUUUCCAGCGGGCCUGGAGGUGACGGAUGAGGUGCUGGAAAAGGCGGCUGGGACUGACGUCAACAAUAUCUUCCAGCUCACCGUGGAGAUGUUUGACUACAUGGACUGCGAGCUGAAGCUGUCAGAGUCAGUUUUCCGGCAGCUGAACACGGCCAUUGCUGUGUCCCAGAUGGCCUCGGGCCAGUGCCGCCUGGCCCCGCUCAUCCAGGUCAUCCAGGACUGCAGUCACCUCUACCACUACACAGUCAAGCUGCUGUUCAAGCUGCACUCCUGUCUCCCAGCGGACACACUGCAAGGCCACCGGGAUCGGUUCCAUGAGCAGUUCCACAGCCUCCGGAACUUCUUCCGCAGAGCCUCGGAUAUGAUCUACUUCAAGCGGCUCAUCCAGAUCCCCCGGCUGCCUGAGAGUCCCCCCAACUUCCUGCGGGCCUCAGCCCUGGCAGAGCACAUCAAGCCUGUGGUGGUGAUCCCCGAGGAGACCCCAGAGGAUGAGGAGCCCGAGAACCUCAUCGAGAUCAGCACAGGGCCCCCCACUGGGGAGCCUGUGGUAACAGCCGACCUCUUCGAUCAGACCUUUGGACCCCCCAACGGCUCCCUGAAGGAUGAUAGGGACCUCCAGAUCGAGAGCCUCAAGAGCGAGGUGGAGCAGCUGCGCACCGAGCUGGAGAAGAUCAAGCUGGAGGCUCAGCGGUACGUGGCACAGCUGAGGGGCCAGGUGAACGCGCUGGAGGCCGAGCUGGAGGAGCAGCGCAAGCAGAAGCAGAAGGCCUUGGUGGACAACGAGCAGCUCCGCCACGAACUGGCCCAGCUGCGGGCCGUGCAGGAGGAGGGCGCGCGGAGCCAGGGCCUGCGCGAGGAGGCGGAGAGGAAAGCGAGCGCUACCGAGGCGCGCUACAGCAGGCUCAAGGAGAAGCAUGGCGAGCUGGUAAAGGCGCACGCUGAGCUGCUGAGGAAGAACGCCGACACCGCCAAGCAGCUGACGGUGACGCAGCAGAGCCAGGAGGAGGUGGCGCGGGUGAAGGAGCAGCUGGCCUUCCAGAUGGAACAGGUGAAGCGCGAGUCGGAGAUGAAGCUGGAGGAACAGAGUGACCAGCUGGAGAAACUCAAGACGGAGCUGGAAGCCAAGGCCUUCGAGCUGGCACACACGCAGGAGGCCCUGAGCCGCACGGAGCAGAGCGGGUCAGAGCUGAGCUCUCGGUUAGACGCACUGAGCUCGGAGAAGGAUGCGUUGGGCAGCGCCGUGCGGCAGCGGGAGGCCGAGCUGCGGGCCGCCCAGCACCUGGCCCAGGAGAAGGAGGCAGCCCUGAGCCAGGAGCAGCAGCGCAGCUCCCAGGAGCGGGCCGAGCUGCAGGGGCGACUGGCACAGAAGGAGUCUGAGGAGCAGGGCCUGCGGCAGAGGCUGCUGGAUGAGCAGUUUGUGGUGCUUCGGUGUGCUGCCGUCGAGGCCAGGCGCAUCCUACAGGAUGCCGUGAGCACCCUGGAUGACCCCCUGCACCUGCGCUGCACCAGCUCCCCAGCCUUCCUGGUGAGCAGGGCGCAGACAGCCCUGGAUGCUGUGAGCUCCCUGGAGCAGGGCCACAGCCAGUACCUGGCCUCCCCGGCAGACGCCUCUGCCCUGGUGGCAGCCCUGACCCGGUUUUCCCACGCGGCUGCAGAUACCAUUGUCAACGGUGGUGCCACCUCCCACCUGGCUCCCACCGACCCAGCUGACCGCCUGAUGGACGCCUGCCGGGAGUGCGGGACCCGAUCGCUGGAGCUUAUGGGGCACCUACAUGAGCGCCAGGCGCUGGCACAGGCACAGCCCGGCCUGGUGCGGUCCCCCCUGCAGGCCAUCCUGCAGCUGGGCCAGGAGCUGAAGCCCAAGAGCCUGGAUGUGCGGCAGGAGGAACUGGGGGCAGUGGUCGACAAGGAGAUGGCGGCUACAUCCGCAGCCAUCGAGGAUGCAGUGCAGAGGAUCGAGGACAUGAUGAACCAGGCCCGCCAUGAGAGCUCGGGGCUGAAGCUGGAGGUGAAUGAGAGGAUCCUCAACUCCUGUACAGACCUGAUGAAGGCCAUCCGGCUCCUGGUGAUGACCUCCACCAGCCUGCAGAAGGAGAUUGUGGAGAGCGGCAGGGGGGCAGCCACACAGCAGGAAUUCUACGCCAAGAACUCGCGGUGGACUGAAGGCCUCAUCUCGGCCUCCAAGGCUGUGGGCUGGGGAGCUUCGCAGCUGGUGGAGUCGGCAGACAGGGUGGUGCUGCACACUGGGAAGUACGAGGAGCUCAUCGUCUGCUCGCACGAGAUCGCUGCCAGCACCGCGCAGCUGGUGGCCGCCUCCAAGGUGAAGGCCGACAAGCGCAGCCCGUGCCUCGGCCGCCUGCAGGAGUGUUCCCGGGCCGUCAACGAGAGGGCCGCCGGCGUGGUGGCCUCCACCAAGUCGGGCCAGGAACAGGUUGAGGACAGAGACACCAUGGACUUCUCCGGCCUGUCCCUCAUCAAGCUGAAGAAGCAGGAGAUGGAGACGCAGGUGCACGUGCUGGAGCUGGAGAAGACGCUGGAGGUGGAGCGUGUGCGGCUCGGGGAGCUGCGGAAGCAGCACUAUGCGCUGGCGGGGGCCGUGGGGCCGCCCAGCGAGGAGGAGCCCAGCCAGCCCACUGCAGCCCCUCGGGGGGCCUCCAGGAAGCCACCCCUGGCCCAGAAACCCAGUGUGGCACCAAGACAGGACCAGCAGCUGGAUGGCAAGGACGGCCUGUACCCCGUUCAGCUUGUCAACUAGGCCCCAAGGUCCAGCAGGGCAGCUGGGGGGCCUGGGUGUCACAGGGCUGGGCUGAGAGGGUUGCCCGCUCGGUGUCCCCAAGGCAGCCCUUUGGGAACAUGGGCCGAACGCCCACCUUCAUCUGCAUUCCUGAGUGUUCUGCCAGCACUUGGGGGACAGGGCCCUCAGGGGCCACCCUGCUGUCCGGAUGACAGCUCUGAAGCUGUCAGUCAGAGGUGGGGUCUCCACCAGCGCCUGCUGACAAGGGCAGAGCCAACAAGUAGCCUGCAUCCUGUCUCCCAGACUUGGUGCUAGGGCCCCCAAGGUGGGUGCCCCACAGGUGGCCAGCGCCAUUCCAGUGCCAGGCAAUAAGGACCUGAGCGGCUGCCGUGGCCACACCCACAGGUAGUGCCCGCCCAGGUGCUGCCUUGGGCCCUGGAGUGUCACUCUCAGCUGGACUGCGGCCAUCCUACUUCAGUUUUCCGGCCAGACCCGGCUGCCUCUGGCCCCACCUUGGUUGGAGAAGCCAGAAUCCAUGGGUCCCUGUCUGGGGAUGAGGAAGUGGUGGUUACCGGGAGGGGUGCCUGGCAUGAGCACCGGGGCUUGCAGUCCCUGGUGGAUUUGAAUUUUGCUCCGAACCCAGGCGGUGUGACUGGAAGGGGGAGACCCAGCCAGGAGAGCAGAGCCAGCGGCUGGAGUGGAUGAGAGAUGGGCACCCCCUUGCCAGCCCCUUGGUGGGAUGAGGCAGCCCCUCCUGUGUCCUGGUCAGCAUUCCUCACUUGAAGUUCCACUGGCAAUAAAACGCACUGACUGUUGUCACCAGGGCCCCAGCGAA